AUGAGUGAAGGUCGUCACCGACUUUCUGAGUAUAAUAAGACUAACGGUGCCAGUAUAUGUAUGCUGAAGGAAUUAACGAUGAGGGCUAGUGAUGAAAAUAAUCUGGGCCUUUUAAUAAGAAAGAAACUGACCUCUAUUUAUAACAGCAAUUCAGUCAAGGUACCGGAUAUGCGCGUACGAAAAGGGUUCUUAUCAAUUGGAAAAAAUCUGACGAUUAGAUCUUCUCUCGCCUUUGUGAAGUUUGGAUUAACUCUCCCGGAAUGGAAAGGAGUGCCAAUAGAGGAGCUUCUUGAUGAUGAGGAAAAGGCCGAUUUGAAAUCUGGAAAGUUGGCUUACGGUUGUCUUCCAUUACCUGGUAUAGACAAUCUACCUUCAUCUAAUGCAGUGGACACUACAUCUAAUGUUGCGAAUUUACCAUCAUCCAGCGGUGCUAGUAGUAACUAG